AUGUCCAAGACGAAGUCCGUUAGCAAGGCCAGCAAGGCCGACAAGGCUACCGACAAGGUCCUGUCCAAGGUCAAGGAUGCUGGUGUCACAAAGGCUUCUCAGUCACCCAAGGCUAAGAGCAAGGAGAUUGCUCGCAAGCUGAAGGCCAAGGAAGAGAAGACCUCUCGCAAGAAGAAGGAGCCUACUCCCAGCUCUGAGUCCGAGUCCGACUCUGACGAGGAGAUGGAUGACGCUUCUUCCAGUGAGAGCGAGAGCGAGGAGGAGAAGGUGGUCAAGAAGUCCGCUGCCAAGAAGGAGGAGUCUUCUGAAUCCGAAUCCGAGUCUGAGUCGGAAUCUGAGGAUGAGAAGCCCGCACCCAAGGCUAAGAAGGCUGCUGCCAAGGAGGAAUCUUCCGAGUCCGAGUCUUCUGAAUCCGAGUCUGAGAAGGAAGUGAAGAAGACCGACAAGAAGGCUGCCGCUAAGGAGGACGCCUCCAGCGAUGAGUCUGACUCCUCCGAGAGCGAGUCCGAGGCUCCUGCCAAGAAGGCUGAGUCCGAAUCCGAGGAUGACUCUGACGACUCUGACUCUUCCGAGUCUGAGGAAGAGAAGGAGGCACCCAAGAAGCGCAAGGCUGAGGAAGAGCCUGCCACUAGCGCCAAGAAGUCCAAGACUGAAUCUGCAGACAACUCCCCUAACCUUUUCAUCGGUAACCUUUCCUGGAACAUCGAUGAGGAGUGGCUCCGCCGUGAGUUCGAGAGCUUCGGUGAGCUCAGCGGUGUUCGUAUUAUGACUGAGCGCGAGACUGGUCGCUCCCGAGGAUUUGGUUACGUUGAGUACGCCGACGCCGCCAGCGCCAAGGCUGCCUACGAGGCCAAGAAAGACACCGAGCUCGACGGUCGUACUAUCAACCUCGACUACGCCAAGCCUCGUGAUGCCAACGCCCAGGCUCCCAGAGAGAAGGCCCAGACCCGCGCUCGAUCAUUCGGCGACCAGACCAGCCCUGAAAGCAACACCCUUUUCCUUGGAAACCUUGUCUUUGGUGUUGAUGAGAAUGCUGUCCGUGAAGUGUUCGAAAGCCAGGGAACCAUCCAGGGAAUCCGUCUCCCCACCGACCCUGAGACUGGCCGUCCUAAGGGUUACGGUUACGUCGAGUUCUCAUCUGUCGAUGAGGCUCGCCAGGCCUUGAACGACCUCCAAGGUACCGACAUUGGUGGACGUGCUAUCCGCCUUGACUUCAGCACUCCUCGUCCCCAGGGAGACGGCCAACGAGGUGGCCGUGGUGGUUUCGGUGGCCGUGGUGGCCGCGGUGGUCCACGCGGUGGUGGCCGUGGUCGCGGUGGCUUUGGCGGUCGUGGUGGCCGUGGUGGUGCUACCGGUGCCAACUCCACUAACCGUGGUGGUGUCGGAGAGUUCUCUGGCAAAAAGAUCUCUUUCGACUAG